AAUUGAUAUUUUUCUUUAUUCUCAUCUCUUCUUUGCUUGAUAUUGUAUUGAUAUUUGAAAGAAAAAUUUUGUGUUGGUCACUCAUUGGACUUAAAGGGUUAAGUUCAUCGAUGAAGCUUUUCAAGCAGCAGUGAUUCAGUAAAAUGAACUGGGCAAGGAGUACUGAGAAUGUCAUCAGAAUCAUCAUUAAAGGGAUACAAGAGCAAGGUUUUGUCUGAUACAGUUUGCAUACUGACAACCUCACACAAGUUUUGGUUCUUUCCUCGAUCUAACUAAAGGCACAUUACAGUUAUAGAGGUCAUGGUUUUUAUGAAUUAAUGGCGGGGCACACUGAGAGAUUCUUGGACGGAAGUUCGAGUGACUUGGCUGACGUUUUUAUGGAUUUUACUUUAUCCAAACCUGAGCCACAAGAGCGAGAAAACGAUGCAGAUUUCAACUCAUGUAAAUUUACUCGGAAAUCUUCCAGUAGCUCCACAUCGUCUGUGGUGGCGGAGCCCUCAAAGCUUGGCGUGUCUGUCGACAAUGAAAGUGGCUACAAGGAUAGUCAGCCCGUAGCUGCAAACGGUGGAGCGACAUCUGAAUGCGUGGUUUGUAACGAUAAAGCCACAGGUUACCACUAUGGAGUUUUCACGUGUGAGGGCUGUAAAGGGUUUUUCAAACGUACGGUACAAAAACAGUUGGAGUACACUUGUAAAGGAGAUGGAAACUGUGAAGUAAACCAGUUGAACAGAAAUCGGUGCCAAUACUGCCGCUUUCAGAAGUGUAUGGCUCAAGGAAUGUUAAAAGAAGCUGUGAGAGAGGACCGCACUCCUGGUGGAAGGCAUCGGCAUCGUUCGCUGCAGGAUCAUCGCCCAAAAAAGCAACGGGGUCGAGAAGAUGCAAUAAAUGGGUCGGCAGACGGAAAUGAUUGUGUGGAAGGUGCAUUGAAGCAACAUAAAAAAGAGGAGUCGACAGCCGGAAAAGAAGAUUACAUGGCUUUUAUAGAAAAGAUUCGAGAUCAAGAGUUAACAAUGCCUCAUAUUGCGGGACUUUUGGUUGAAAACAAAACUACGAAAGAAAAAGAUGUCAACACAUUUAUGCAGCUGGCUUAUCAAGAGCUCAACAUGAUCAUUCAGUGGGCCAAAGAUGUUCCUGGAUUCAAGGACAUUGAGUUGGAAGAUCAAGUUUGCCUCAUCAAAGCCUCGUUUAUGGAUUUGAACGUAUUUCGUUUGGCCUACAGAUCGGUGCCAUGCGACCCUAUGUCCCUACGGUUCAGUAAAGAAUUGAUUUACGACAGGCAUGAGGUGAUUGCGUUCGGUUGGACUGAAGACCUGGUUGAUACAACUCUGGAAUUUACUGACAAGUUGCGCAGUUUGAAUCUCGAUCAAAACGAGUUUGCUUGUUUGUCUGCCUUAGCUUUACUCAGCCCAGAUACGCCUGAACUCAAAGAUAAGGAGAAAGUGACUCGCCUUCAAGACAAAGUAAACAGCUACUUGCGUGACUAUUCCGAAGCCCUCUAUCCACAGAAAGCAAAUCGUCUUGGAAAACUGCUCCUCUGUCUUCCAACUCUUCGCAUAUAUAGCGAGAAAGCAAUGGAAAAUUACGUCACGCUGGAGUUCUUUGGUAAGCUGGAUAUGCCCCCUUUGGUGGCUGAGCUGUUGGAGUAGGACUGGUAACAAGUUGGAUGACUUUUGGUCGCGCAGCAGAGUACAGAAAGGACUGGUAACGAGUGUAAUGACAAGAAACUUUGUUUGGCUUUUAGACAAGCUUAGCUGUAAGCUUGGUAUUUCUUUAACUCGAUGUAAUUACUGAUCUUCAGGUCCAUGUUCAUCGGCGGAAAACGCAAAGGCGCACUAUCACAGUAAUAAUAAUCCAAUUUUUCAAGGUACAAGACACAAAAUAUCAGAGAGUGAACGACUUACCACAUCAAUGAACUAUGUCACUUACAGAAAAUUAAAAAGACGAGAUGACCGGUUUUAUUUUGGAAACCCAAAGUACUGGAUAAUGCGCCCUUGAUAUAUUACCGUCAUUUUGGCCGCGAAUUAUCUUACUAUCCUUGAAAUUAUUCUUAUUGGUUUUUAUCUGACUAUUUUUGUUUGUUUGGAUGCUUUUAUGGCCGACAACAUGUCAAAAAUCUCGAAUUCAUUCCUUCAGAGAAAGUAAGUCGUCAUCAAUAAUGCACGGUUAAAUUUGCGUGCUCAGUGGAAUUUAAAAUUACCUGAUAAUCAGAUAUUUUAUUUUUGAUUUGAUUUUUCUCUUUCCGUAAUCCGAUAGUUUUACUUUUCUUGAUCACUUUAACAAGUAGGAGCCGAUGUGUAGAAGUCGUUUGUAGAGAUCGUUCAGGAAAUUAUUUUUUUCAUCAGCACCAUGCAACUGUACUUUUAAACUUAAAAUCCGUUUUUCAGUUUGAAACAAUCGAAGAGCCCUCAGUUCUACCUUUGAUUGGCUUUAUUUUAGGACGGUGAUCAACAGUUGUGUUGCAGAACUUAGCAAGGUAUGUAAACUGAUAUCUUACAACGCGAUUCUCGGAAUACUGAAAUACGACAUGGCUUCCAUCAUAGUACGUGGAUGUAAUCUAAUUCGGCAGGUGGAAGGAAAAAAGAGGCGCAGUAACCCUUAAGUCACGUAAAAAGUUCCUGAAGAGUUUUAUUAAUAUUAACGUUAAUCAUAGGAAAAUAGUGUAUAGAACCUAAA